AUGAUUAGGUCGAUGGCUCGUCCGAAUGCGCUGAAUGCUGCGCGCGCUGCGACGCGCGCUGUGCAUGCCCCCCCGGCCGCGACGCGCAUGUUUUCGUCGCGCGCGCCUUUCCCCCGCAGCACGCGCCCCACGUCCAAAUCGCCGCCGCCCGGCUUCUUUUCGCGCCCGAUCGCCGUGACGACGGUCUCGGGCUCGAUGCUCGGCUUCUUCACGAGCUCGGCGCCGCGCGAUAUCUUUGGCACGACCGAGAGUGGCUCGAUCGUGCGUGAGGCAUCGCCCGCCGCGCAGCUCAAGCAGCCGUACACGCUCGUGUUUGUGAGCUCGGGCCAGCUCAAGGUGCCCCGCAAAGAGUGGCAGUCGUGGAUCAUGUACUUCCGCGAGGCGGGCUACGACUGCAUCGACCUCAAUGUCGAGCUCCCCAAGGAGCGCCCCGAGGGCGUGUCUGAGGAGGAGCUGCUUGCGCGCGAGGUCGUCGGCCAGGUGCGCCUGAGCUCGCUGCAGCGCCAGCCCGUGCUCUUUAUCCGCGACGGCGGCGACAAGGUCCUGCCGUCGUACCUCGGCACAGGCGGCUUCUUUGGCCGCCGCGGCCCGAUGGCUGGUCUCGUGGUCCUGCACCCCGCGAGUGCCGACGACGUCGCGAGCGCCGACUGGCCGUCCAACACGCCCAUCCUGAUCGUGCCCAAGACCGAGGGCGAGAAGGGCGCAUGGGAAGGCACCGUGCAGUCUGCACGCAACGCAUCUGUGCUCGCCGACGCGUGGAACGAGAAGGAGGGCCUGGUGAAGGAGGUCGAGCGCUGGAUGCGCAACGCAGGUCUGUAG